AUGACUGAAGAAAUACAAUAAUCAAAUUCAGGUUAAUAAUUGAUAACUAAUUACUUUAAUUAAAAUCCUGAAAAUUCAUAGGAUAGGUAAAAGAUUAGUAGAAAAAGAAAGAUUGAAGCAGAGUUACCUAAGAAAAAGAUAAUGCCUAAAUAAAAAAGUGAUGACGAAUCAUCUAAUGAUAAUAUUUAAUAAGCAUUAGUUAAUCCACCUUAUUGUUAGACAAUGUAUAAAUACUUGAAAUUAUCAAAAGAUGUAUUUAAUGAAGCGGGUAAUUAGAGUAAAUCUUUAUAAUAAAAAAAUACAGAAGAAGGUAAGUAAAAAACUUUAGGCAAUGAUAAAAUUGGUUAUGUUAAACCAAAAGAUAGUAAAUGUUUAGUAUAAGUAAUUUAAAAAUAAAAUGAAGAUGAUACAAAUAAAUUAUAAUAAAAAUUUAUGGAGAAAGAAUAAGUUGAAAAAUAAUUAAGAUAGGAGAAAUAAUAAUUAGAGAAUGAACGUUAAGAAUUAAUUUAAUAACAUAAUGCAUUUAAAAAAAGAACUUAAGAAGUAUUUGCUGAGGCAUUGAAAUAAGUUGAAGAAUUGAAGCGCGAAAAAAUGAGAGAAUAUUUAGAGAGGGAACGUUAUAGACUUGGAGAAUUUAUUAGUUCUAGAAAUAAUGUUAGAUUUGUAGAAGAAUGGUAAGAUGGAUAUGAAAUUAAAUAAGUUAAAUAAAAUUUAUAAAAAUUAGAAAAUGAAAGAAAUGAAUUAGAAAAAUAAAAAAAUGAAAUUAAAGAUAAAUCCAUAUCUAAAAUAUAAAAAGAUAAACAAUCUAAAUUAUUAUUUGAAUUAGAUUUAUCUAAUGGAGAUUUAGAUAGCAAUUAAAGAAAAUUAAGAAUUUAAUUUUAGAUGUCAAUUCUUAAAAAGGAAGAAGAAGAAUUAAAAUUAAAAUUAUAAAAAUUAGAAGAAGAAAAAUAAUAAUUGGCAUAUAAAACUAAAAGGUUUAUGGAAGAAUAAAGGUUUUUAAUAUUUAAAUAAUUUUAGUUGUCGAUAUUAUAGAGCAGAACCUAAAUGGCCAUUGAUUGCCUCUAGAUAUUAGACUUUAGGUUUAUUAGGGAAAGGGGGAUUUUCUGAAGUUUAUAAGUCUUUUGAUUUAUUAGAAUUUAGAGUUUGUGCUUGUAAAAUUCAUUAUCUGAAUCCAUAAUGGAAUGAAAAUGCAAAAAAUAAUUAUAUUAAACAUGCGUUAAGAGAAAAUGACAUUCAUAAAAGAUUAAAACAUAUUAAUAUAGUAUCAUUAUAUGAUACAUAAGAAAUUGAUUAAGAUUCCUUUUGGUAUUCAAUUAAUUAUUUAAAGAAAUAGUACUGUUUUAGAAUUUUGUGAUGGAACAGAUCUUAAUCAACAUUUAAAGAAAUAUAAACUUUUAGCAGAAAAAGAAGCUAAGUUAAUUAUUCGUUAAGUAUUGGCAGCAUUACAUUACAUGAGUUGUAGUCCUACUAAAAUUAUUCAUUAUGAUUUGAAACCUCAAAAUAUUUUAUUUCAUAAAGGAGAAGUUAAAAUUACUGAUUUUGGAUUGUGCAAAGUCUUAGAUUAUGAUACUACAAGAUAAGAAUUAACUUCAUAAGGAUUAGGAACUUAUUGGUACUUACCUCCAGAAUGUUUUCUAGAAUAAACUAAUAUUUAAAUUAGUACUAAAGUAGAUGUAUGGUCAGUAGGUGUUAUUUUAUUUGAAAUGGUUUAUGGUAAAAAACCUUUUGGAGAUGGAAUGUCUUAAGAAAGAAUUGCCUAAGUAUUCUCUAAUAAUAUUUUUUCUAGGAAAGAGUUAUUUUAAACUCUUAUUAAGUUAAAUUUCCUUAAAAACCAAAUGUAUCCUAAGAGUGCAGAGAUUUCAUUACUAAAUGUUUGACUUAUAAUAUGGAAGCUAGAUGGAACAUUUCAGAAGCAUAUUACUGUAAUUACAUUUAAAAUUUAAAAACAACUAAUUGA